CGGAAAAGGAGCUGUUCUGACCUCAAUGUGGGUUUUAUUGCCCAGUGCUGCUUUUUUCUGGAAGUUUGUGAUUGUGUUCUUAAACCAGAAUGUUGGAAAGUGACGACGUGCGGGAGAAUCUGAAGAAGUACUAUGGCUGUCAUCUGGAGUCUUCCUGUGACUUGCAAACUAGUGCUACUUCCUGCAGUUUGGCCUGCCGCACUCUGCCAAGGAGUUUUACAGAGGCCCUAAAUCUGAUUCACCCUGAAGUCAUCAAAAGAUUCUUCGGAUGUGGCCUUCCAUUUCCAGUGAAGCUCGAGGGCUGCAGAGUUCUGGACCUCGGUAGCGGAUCAGGACGAGAUUGUUUUGCGCUCAGCAAACUUGUUGGGCCGAGUGGACACGUGACGGGCAUCGAUAUGACCGAGCAGCUGAUCGCGGCAUCCCGCCAGUUUGUCGAGUAUCAUCAGAAGAAGUUCGGCUACGAGGAGCCCAAUGUCUCAUUUAUCCAGGGAUACAUGGAAAAGCUCUGUGAAGCAGGGAUACAGAGAAACUCGAUGGAUGUUCUGAUCUCCAACUGUGUGAUCUGUCUCUGUCCCGAUAAAAGAGCAGUGCUACAACAAGCCUACGAUGUUCUGAAGGACGGAGGGGAGCUGUACUUCAGUGACAUGUAUGCCAGCAGUGUCGUUCCAGACCACAUGAAGCAGGAUCCAGUUCUGUGGGGUGAGGGAAUGGGUGGCUCUCUGUUCUGGGAAGAUCUCGUGUCGCUGGCCCACAGUUUGGGCUUCAGCACUCCACGUCUGGUCUCAGCAAGCCAUAUCGAGGUCCACAACAUCCAACUCAAGGAAAAAGCAGGUGACAUCAAGUAUGCUUCAGGAACCUACCGGCUCUUUAAGUUGCCGCAGCAACCAGGGAGGUCAGGCGCUGCUGUGAUCUACAAGGGAACCAUUCCCGACUUUCCAGAUCAGCUGGACUUUGAUUCCUCGCACUGUUUCAAGAAAGAUGUGGAAGUGGAGGUAGACGCAGAGAUGACAGCAAUUAUCCAGGUUUCCAGAUUCUCUUCGGAUUUUACAGUCAGGAUGUUGGAUGAACAAAAGUCUGAUUCUGAGCCAACACCACAGUACUGUCACCUCAACCCGUUCCUGCUGGCUGACCGAUGGGGGUCCUCUAUGAAGCAGUGCUCCAAAACGUCCAGAUAAAACAAACAGGCAGCUGCAACCUGCUGAGGAGAAAAUUCUGCACAUGUUUAAUUUUAUUUUAACAAUUCAUGUCAUUUUAUUUGUGCCAAUAAGUACUAAUGUCUGUGAAGGAAUGAAUGAAGGAAUUAUAUGUAGUUGAGUUUGAGUUUGCUAACUGGCUACAAAACCUCGCAUUAAUACUUUGCCUAGAUGGGGAAAAUGAAAACAAAUAACAUUUAUAAAUUGUAAUAGAUUUUGUAACAGUGAGCGAUCAGAGUGAUACUGUGAAGAGAAAAUCAGGUCCGACAGCUAUGAAGAAAAAAUAAAGGCAUAUAUUUAAAAUGUUA